AUGCAAUGCAAUCCUACAUUCCAAAAGGUGUCUCUUAGGAUCAGAGGAUCGCAUUUCUGUGCUGCAGCAAUUUUGACAGACCACUGGCUUUUGACUGCUGCUCACUGCUUUGCAAGUGUAUCCACGGACUUCUUGCACAAAAUUGAGGCUGUAGCAGGUGAUUUCAACCAAAGAAAAGUUGACAGAGGGGAACAAAACUUCCAGGUAAAAACUGUAAAGUUCCAUGAAAAAUAUCAGCGCUCCUGUCCCAUGAGCUACGACAUCGCUUUGCUUGAGAUCAAAGGACACAUUCACUUUGGUGAUUUUGUUAAGCCGGUCUGCCUGCCUUACCCUGGUGAGAGGUUUCCAGCCAAGACUAUGUGUGUUGUUGGUGGAUGGGGUCGUAUUACUGAGAAAGGGCCACUUUCUUCGGUUCUUCAGGAGGUGCAACUGGAUCUGUUAGAGCAAAGCAAGUGCAAACAUGUCCUACAAACACUUAGACCUGGACAGAAGACCUUCACAGUCCUGUGUGCAGGCCCAGAGAGAGGAGGGAGAGAUGCCUGCCAAGGGGAUUCUGGGGGUCCCCUCCUCUGCCCCAGAGCAGAUGGAUGCUGGGCGGCUGUGGGAAUCACAUCAUGGGGUAAAGGUUGUGGUAGAAGCUGGAAUAACAACAAGCUCAAACCCUCAUCCAGAAGAGGCUCACCUGGAGUAUUCACUGAUGUCUUAAUGUUCCUGUCAUGGAUAAAGUCUAAUCUUCGAAAAGAUGUCAACAUAGGUGCUGACAGGUCCCUGUGCAGUGUACCUGAUGGAGUUGUACCUGGAAUUGAAGGCAUCAUCAGAAAUCCAGCUCACCCAGGUCAAAGCUACAACAACAAUGAGAUGUGUCUGUGGUCCAUUCGAGUUCCAGCUGGAGAACAUAUACUACUGGAGUUCCUAGAGUUUAAUCUGGAGAAUGACACACUGUGCUACAGCGAUUAUCUUACUGUGCAUGUGGAUGAAGACAGGCCAAUAGGUCGAUUCUGUGGUGGUCAACCUCCACCUCCGGUUCUUAUUGGUGGUUCCAACGGUAUCACAGUGCAGUUUGUGUCUGAUGUAAGCAGCACAGGUGCAGGAUUUGCCAUCCAUUUCAAUGGUGUUGACAAGGACUACAGUUUUGGGGCUGAGUGUGGAACAGUGGUGCUGUUACAGCCUAAGGGGUCUGUGCGGAGCCCCGCCUACCCGCAAGCCUACAGCAACAGCACUCUUUGCCGCUGGGUCAUCUAUGCCCCAGAAGGCCACAUAGUCAAGCUUGACUUUGACGAUUUUGACCUUGAGGAGUCAGAGAACUGCAAAUAUGAUUCACUCACGGUGUUUGGAGACAUUGCUGGCAAGGAUGAAAUAGUGGUGGUAUGUGGCGCGAGCGUCCCUCCAGCUGUUCUCAGCUACAGUCACAUGAUGCUUCUACAGUUCAGCACAGACAACACCAUCUCAGCCCGUGGUUUCAACGCAUCCUUUUCUUUUAUCAGGGAAAACGAUCUCAGAGAGACAGCGUUUGAAGAUCAGGGGGAGAAAGCAGACGAUGACAGCAGAGUUAUCUCACCACAUUUGCAGGCUGGUUUGUGCUUGCUUUUGUCUUUUCCGCUGUCCACAGUCGCACCAACUUUUUUGUUGAGCUCUAAAAGAGACGCCUUGUCUCAGAGGGUCUUCAGAAUGUGUGGAAUCCAGCUGAAGUCCAAAAAAUGUCAUUCAUGCACGCGUUCCUCUGAAUUCUCAGCUCUGUAUGGAAUGCCUGACAUCUUUGCUACCUCUGGACUGGAUGCCCCAAGGACGGCAGAGGAUGAUGGGAAGCUGUCGUGGCACGUGAGCAUUAGUUUGGGUGCGGGUUAUGAAUGCAGUGGGGCGGUCAUCCAAUCACAGUGGAUCCUUACUGAUGCACACUGUGUCUAUAAUCUGAAAGAACAACAUCUGAGACGUUUAUCAGUGACAGCAGGGAGCUCAAAGAUACAGAUUCGUGAUGUGAUUGGAGUACUCGUACACCCUCAUUACAGCCCAUUCUCUCUCGACUACAAUGUGGCUUUGCUUAAGCUGAGCUCUCCAUUAAAUCUCAGUGAAAGUUUGCAGCCUGUCUGUCUACCCUCUGCUGGACCGGAAAUCCCACCCUCCCUCCAUUGCUGGGCUCUGGCCCGUACCAGCCAAACGCGUACGUCACCCGUCUGCCUUCACAAGUUGACCGUUGUGACGGUUACACAAUAGCCUGGCUGAUAUCUGUGUGUGUGCAAACAUGACAUUUCAUGACUACUUGUUGAAUAAAUUGAAAGCUGACCUGGUGUUGAACUUUCAGAACUCGAAUGUCACUUGAGCCGAGCGCAAUUAAAAUUUCUCUGUUGCACAUUUUGAGGUGAAUGUUAUGCACUCUUUUUAGCCGGACUUUAGCAGACCUGCACUGCUAAAAAUAUCAGUUCUGGAACGAGCGGUGUGUGAACAACGCCACAGAGCUAGAUUGACACCUACUAUGCUACGUGCUGGACUGAGCAGCGGAGAGCAAUGCAUGGUGAGCAACUGGAAACUACACUAAAUACUCACUGUUCACUGGAAGGAAAUGUAAUUGAAGACAUGCUGUCCUCUAGUGGGUACGUUUGGUAAUGAUUCUUUAAAUGCGUCCUUCGUUAAUCGAAGGAAUAUAGUUAAUCAAAGAACCCCA